AUGCCAUCAUCCCGUCCAAAACAAAUGUUACGAGAUAUACAAGAAAAAGAAGUUCGUGAUUUAACGCAAUCUCAGCAACAAGAAUCCUCGUCCUCAACAUCGAUUACACAUGAGAAAAAAUCAACAUUCAAUAUCGAGCAACUUAUACUAUUUCAAGAACAAGAGGAGAUACAGUUAGCCAUGGAUGCUUUAUUGGAAGAAGCGCAAGAUAAUAUAACAUUUUUCUGUGAAAUUGUGUUCUUUGCUGAGAAAGUUUGGGAGGAAAAUGAAGUAAUAUUAAUGAACAUAAGGUAUAAUGAUAGAAUAUAUCUGUCAACAACUGAUUUGACUAAGAAACAGAAGGACAGUUUUAUCAAGCAUCAAGACAGUGACUAAUGGAAAAAAAUGAUUUCGAAAGCAUAGAUUGUAACACAAAAGAGGAAUCAUACUUUACACAAAUAAGUUUACUCCCUUUUAUAAAUAAUAUAUUUUGUGCGUUAUUCAAAUUAAUAUCAUCGUCAUUUCUAGACAACUUCUACCAUCCAGAGAUACCAAAGGCAAGAUUUGCAAGAAAUAAAGCCCUAUAUUUCAGAUUUUGUUCAGAUAUAUAUGCUUUUGUAUGCUCUUAGAUAUUCUCAGAUAUCUUUAGAUUUCUUUUCUAAUCAUAUAUAGAUGGCAAUUUACUGCCGUGCACAAACGCACAAGAGAACGAACUUUUUUCGUUCUGUUUCUUUUUGUUGUGUCAGAAAUGAAAGAAAAAUGCGAUGCAUGUGCAGAAUAGAAAAGAAACGAAGAUAUCUCUUAUUUGAUACCACUGGUUGACGUUCUUGUGGGUAUUCGUGUAAGAUUCUUGUUUCUUGGCAUUUCAGACAAGUAUCUUGUAAAAUAUUUUACAUGUAUUUUUAUCACAAGAAUCUUGUAGGAAACCGCUUUCUUGUGAGUUCAUA